AUGGCAGUUGGUGGCUGCGGCGGCGGAUCCCUGCGACCCAGCCACUCAAGGUCCGGUUGCGGAGAGCUGAAGGAGAACCCCCGAGCCAGCCGUGCUUGGCGGGCAGGGCCUCGGCUGGGGACACAUAACCCACCUAGCCGCCGUCUCGACCGACCUGAAGGUGUGGCGUCCCACAGCAUUCCCACGCCUUCAGGCGGCGGCCGUCAGUCGGGGGAGGGGGCGCCCCGCCCCGCCAGGCUGCGCUCCGCUGGGAGUGGGAGGAGUGGCUUCCCCUCUCCUCGGCUGGCCGAGCCAGCCCAGCCCCGGGAGCCCCUGGACGCCAUGGAGGUGCUGGUGCUGGAGGACUACCAGGCUCUGCGGGAGGACGAGCUGACCCUCACAGCCGGAGACGUGCUCCGGGACGUGCGCCUGGGAUCGGCGGAUGGCUGGCUCCUGGGGGAGCUGGCUGGGCGCCGGGGUCUCUUCCCCAAGCUCGUAGUCCAGGAGAUCCCGGAGAGUCUGCGAAGUGACGGGGCACCCCGGAGACCCCGCUCUUUGCGGCGAGGUCAGCCCGGGGUCACUUCAAAAACCCAGCGAUGGUGUAAAGUGAACUUUAGCUACAGCCCAGAGCAGCCCGAUGAGCUCCAGCUCCAGGCCGGGGAGGUAGUCCAGGUCCUUCAAGAGAUUGAAGAUGGUUGGUGGCUGGGGAAGAAGAAUGGGCAGCUGGGGGCCUUUCCCUCCAAUUUUGUGCAAGAGCUGGACUGUAAGGCCUCUGGCGCUGUGAUCCCUGAUAUCAUCCCCAAGUCUAAUGGGCUGGCCCAGUCUUGCCCAAAGCUGACCAGGAUCCAGGAAGAAACUCCAGUAUACCUCAGAACAAUAAAUGAAAGCUGUCGAGUUCUGUUUGACUAUGAGCCUGAGGCACCGGAUGAGCUGGCCCUACAGAAGGGUACCGUGGUCAAGGUGUUGAGAAAGAUCACAGAGGAUCCUGGCUGGUGGGAGGGAGAAUUCGAAGGCAAAAGAGGAGUUUUUCCAGACAAUUUUGUCCUCUUGCUGCCCACUAUUAAGAAGCUCCCAGUCUGUCAGCGGAGUCCCCCGGAAUCAGGUAGUGGCUGACCCAGGUCCCUGAAGGGGCGGUCUGGAUCACCAGGCUCCAGAGAAGUGCCCAAGCACCCAUUCCCCUUCUGGGCUCCUGAGACACUGAACCAGAGCAGGCAGGCAGCUCCAGAAAAAGCCCCAAGAAUCCACCAUCCAUAGGAUUUGCCUCUCCCCAGCAUACAUGUAGCUCCUCUUCCCCAACCAGAGAAGGGUGCCAUUGCAGAGCACUUUGCAGGCUUGUGGGUGCCCCCAUUUUUCUUUUUCCCUCACUCAUUCCUGGGUAUAGGGGUGGGAGGGAGCAGGGGCUCUGGGUCCCCAGUGUGAUUCCUGCACGUCCUUCUGUCAGUGUUUGGUCGAGAAAGCCAUGCCUCCUGUGGGAGGAGGAGGACAGCCAAGGAAAUGAAAGCAAUUGCUAAGGAGUCUAAGAGGAUUGAGUCUAAAAUCACCCUCCCCCCCAUCAAAAAGCUGUCAUCACCCACUAAUAGGCCCGCCAAGCCUCGGCCCUCCACACCCAGGCCUCUGGCAGUGGGAUCAACAGGGGACAAGCAGAAGAAC